UCCAUUUUAAAUUCUUCAUAGACUCAUUCAUCUCCUUCCUCAUUACUCCAUCUUCAAAAGUCCUCUCUCUCUCUCUCUCUCCUCUCUUUCUCUCUCCAUUCUCCCAUUGCCUAAUCAGACAGCGGGGAAUAAAAUAAAAAAAAAAAAGGAAAAAGGAAGAAAAAAUCUUCCAUAUGUAGAACCAAGAAAACCACAAAAGUGGCAACAGCAACCAGUACACCUCCAAGAAACCAGAAAGAUUCCAUAAAUAAAGAGAAAAGUUGAAUAGCACCACCAACUACAUACCUUUGUUUUUUCUCUCUUAUCUUCAGGAGAGAAUUUUUUUUGAACCCAAAACUUGGAACCCUAAAUUUUUCACCACAUUCCAAGAAAACCCAAGAAAAUUAUACUCGAGAGAGGAGGAAAAAUCAAGGGUUUUUAUUUUUUAUUUUCAUUUUUUGAUUACAAAUGAAGCAGAUGUCCCACAUUGACAGCAUCCCAUCAUCACCAGGCAAGUCCAAGAUGGAGAAAUCUCCACACAUUCACAGACUUAGAUGGAGCGCUUCUCUCACCAAACUUACCUUCUGGUCCGUCGUGUUCAUGGGUUUGAUUUACGUCUUCUUCUACAGAUCUCCUUCUCCGUCCUCUUCACUGUCCUCAGAUCUCUCUCGCCGAUCGCUCCGAACCCAUUCCUGGGGCGGACCAGCCUGGGAAAAACGGGUUCAGUCCUCCGCCAGAGUCCGGUCGCGAAAUGGGUUCUCCGUUCUCGUCACUGGAGCCGCCGGAUUCGUCGGAACCCACGUCUCCGUCGCGCUCAAGCGCCGAGGAGAUGGUGUUCUGGGUCUCGACAAUUUCAACGACUACUACGAUCCCCAAUUGAAGCGAGCCCGACAGGGGCUAUUGGAGCGAACAGGAGUGUUUGUUGUGGAGGGUGAUAUCAAUGAUGUGAAUCUUCUUCGAAAGCUUUUCGAGGUUGUGAAAUUUACCCAUGUGAUGCAUUUGGCUGCUCAGGCUGGUGUGAGGUACGCUAUGGAAAAUCCUGGCUCUUAUGUGCAUAGUAACAUUGCUGGUCUUGUUAAUGUUCUUGAAGUAUGUAAAUCUGCGAAUCCACAGCCUGCAAUUGUGUGGGCAUCGUCUAGUUCUGUGUAUGGACUCAAUUCAAAAGUACCUUUUUCGGAAAAAGAUAGGACAGACCAGCCUGCUAGUCUUUAUGCAGCCACUAAGAAGGCUGGUGAAGAGAUUGCUCACACUUACAAUCAUAUCUAUGGACUUUCGCUUACCGGGUUGCGGUUCUUUACUGUUUAUGGCCCUUGGGGAAGACCAGAUAUGGCGUAUUUCUUCUUUACUAAGGAUAUAUUGAAGGGGAAGUCUAUAACAAUCUUUGAAGGGCCUAAUCGUGGCACGGUUGCACGUGAUUUUACCUACAUUGAUGAUAUUGUGAAGGGUUGCUUGGGUGCAUUGGAUACUGCACAGAAGAGUACUGGUAGUGGGGGGAAAAAGAAGGGGCCGGCUCAAUUGCGGGUCUUCAAUUUGGGGAAUACUUCACCGGUGCCAGUGUCAGACCUUGUGAGCAUUUUGGAGAGGCAUUUGAAAGUGAAGGCAAAAAGAAAUGUUAUGAAGUUGCCGAGGAAUGGGGAUGUGCAAUUUACACAUGCAAAUAUAAGCUUGGCUCAGAGGGAACUCGGGUAUAAGCCCACAACCGAUCUGCAGAACGGUUUGAAGAAGUUCGUUCGGUGGUAUCUCAGUUACUAUGGUUCUGGAAAGAAGAGCUCCCAUUGAUACAUUCUUUCAAUUGUGUGGUAGGAUCAUUCGAAUUCUUGUUCAUUUUGAUUCUUAUGAUUGUUUUUAACCUAUCUCUGUUCUUUGCUCGGUUAUCUUGUUUUCAUAUAUCUUAAUGAUGCCAUACGAGAAGGAAAUUUGCAUUCCACGACGGGGAAGUUUUUGUUGUUGUUGAACAUUGUUUCACGGGUACUCUAAGCUGUAUCAAAAUAAACCCAGAACCAUCCUUUAUAAUUCUUGGGAAUGUAAUUGUUGUAGCUUUAUCAUUGUAGAAUUCAUGACUGAUAGAGCAUUAUCUGAUUGUGGACUUGUAUCAUCUCCCUGGUACUCCAAUAAAAUAGCACACGAUAAUUGCUUUUUCUGUUA